AUAAGUAGAUUUGGACGUUGGCUGGCAGCAGUUGCAGAGAGGCACUCUGAGACAGUUAGACCUUUCCACCGGUGAGCUGGAGUCAGUGACAUCAUCAGCAGGUGACACCCUUCCGAUGGUGCCCUGCAGCCUUCGGGGUCGCCAUGGGAGAAGAGUCUUACCGAGAAUGCCGAGCUCAGGAGCUGUUUGAUGGGUUUGUGUCGGCGUCGACCUGCAGGGCGGCGCUAUGGGCCUUUAGCCAGCUGUGUGAACACCUGCAGCUGGACCAGAGCGCCACGGAGAGGCCGCUGUACCGACCAAUCAAACGCCGCCUCAACUACUGGAGGGCCAACGCUUUGUGGGCCAAACUGGACCGGAGGGCCAAUCAGCAGGCUUACUUGCAGGGGGGCGGAGUCUGCAGAAACACCACGUGUGUGAUCAUCGGGGCGGGGCCCUGCGGUCUGAGGACGGCGGUGGAGUUGAGCUUCAUGGGAGCUCGGGUGGUGCUCCUGGAGAAGAGAGACUCCUUCUCCAGGAACAACGUGCUUCACCUGUGGCCCUUCACUAUCCACGACCUGCGGGGCCUUGGGGCCAAAAAGUUCUAUGGAAAGUUCUGCGCCGGUUCCAUCGAUCACAUCAGUAUUCGUCAGCUACAGUUGGUCCUGCUAAAGGUCGCCUUACUGCUGGGGGUUGAAGUCCAUGUGAACGUGGAGUUCAUGAACUUAGUGGAGCCGCCAGAAGACCAGCAGCGACGCAGUGAGAGCUCUAGUUACUUCCAUCGGAUUGUUAGUGAAGACAGAAAAGAGGUGGGCUGGAGGAUGGAGGUGAGUCCAAAGUCUCAUGCCGUCAAUCAGCUGGAGUUUGACGUCAUCAUAGGAGCAGACGGACGCAGGAACACACUUCCAGGUUUCAGGCGUAAAGAGUUCAGGGGGAAGUUGGCCAUCGCCAUCACAGCCAACUUCAAGAACAGAAACACCUCGGCCGAGGCCAAAGUGGAGGAGAUCAGCGGAGUUGCUUUCAUCUUCAACCAGAGGUUCUUCCAGGAGCUUCGACAGGAAACAGGGAUCGAUCUGGAAAACAUUGUUUACUACAAAGAUGACACUCACUACUUUGUGAUGACGGCAAAGAAACAGAGUCUGUUAGAGAAAAGAGUCAUUAAACAGGACUUUGCGGACACCGAGCUGCUUCUCUGCCGGGCCAACGUGGACCAGAAUGCAUUGCAGGCGUAUGCCUGCGAGGCCGCAGACUUCUCCACCAAUCACCAGCUCCCGUCUCUGGACUUCGCCAUGAACCACUCCGGCCAGCCGGACGUCGCCGUGUUCGACUUCACCUGCAUGUACGCGUCGGAGAACGCCGCCAUGGUCCGCCAGCGCCGCGGACACCAGCUGCUGGUCUCGCUGGUGGGAGACAGUCUACUGGAGCCCUUCUGGCCGAUGGGGACGGGAAUAGCUCGAGGGUUUCUGGCGGCUCUGGAUUCAGCCUGGAUGGUCCAGAGGUGGUCUCAAGGAGAGGCUCCCCUGGAGGUCCUGGCAGACAGAGAGAGUCUGUACCGGGUUCUCCCUCAGACGACUCAGGAGAACCUUCAGAAGAAAAUCAGUCUUUUUACAGUUGACCCGACAACCAGAUACCUGAACAUCAACCUGAUGCUGAUCACACCUGCUCAGGUGAGACACCUGGUGGACACAGGUGAGGAGGCGGGGCUUAACAAAGACGGUGGUGACAUCAUCCGCCUGCCAUCUCCCAGAUUCCGUAGUUUGUUCUCUCCGUCCAAUCAGCUGCUGACUUGGUGUCAGGAGGAGACUUGUGGUUAUCGUGGCGUUGCAGUCAACGACCUUACGACUUCCUGGAAGAACGGCCUUGCUCUCUGCGCCCUGAUUCACCGAUACCGCCCUGACCUCAUAGACUUUGACUCUCUGGACAUGUCCUCAGUGGAGGACAACACUCGUCUGAGCUUCGAUGUGGCCGAACGUCACUUUGGGAUUUCUCCUCUGAUGACGGUCGAUGAGAUGAAUUCUGUCACAGAACCGGAUGCUUUGUCCAUGGUGAUGUACCUGAGUCAGUUCUACCAGCUGUUGAAGGACACGCUGCCCCCUGCUGGUGGUCUGGGUCUCAGCGCUGACCUCAGGUCGGCCUCCCUGCUCAGUAGACUGGGACUCAGUCCGUCCAGGAAGAGGAACCCAAAGGCCCGGCGGCGGCUCCGAGUCCAGCUUCACACUUUGUCUCUUCAGGAGCAGGAAGACGCUCUGGGCCAGCGGAGGAGGACCAGCCAGGAGGUCCCUGUGGUCCCACACGAGGUGUACGACGAGGCCUUUGUGGGCGGGGCCGGUCGCUCCAGAGUGCGUCUGAUGGCCAAUCAGCUGCAGGCAAAGCUGGACGAGAGGAGCUCUUCUUCUUCUUCUUCUUCUUCUGCGGCGGCUUUACGUCGACAGGUGAGACACAACCUUCAGAGGAAGCGGACUCUUCAACAGGAACAGAUGAGUUUCCGAUUCAAAGAGAAGAUCAAGCCGCAGACCGAGGGGCAGGUACAGCGCUGCAGUGCAUUCUGGGCCCCAGGCUGCAGUGACGUGUGCUUCUUCUGCCAGAAGAGAGUUUAUGUGAUGGAGCGUUUGAGUGCAGAGAGUUUGUUCUUCCAUCGCAGUUGUUUCCAGUGUUCCUCCUGCAGCAGCUCCCUGAGGCCGGCGGCGUACGCCUUCGACCGGCCCCUCCGGAGGUUCUACUGUCUCCAGCACUACGACUCGAGGAGCAGAGUGACUUCACACCGAGCCUCCAGCGCGUCUCUGGAUUCAGCUCCUUCAGCAUCCUCUGCAGACUCUCUGAUCUCCUCAGUGGUUUCUGUGGUGAUGGGGGCGACGCCGGAGAGGAUGGACCUGCAGAAAUCCCACCGGAGCUCAACAAAGCUGCUCGAGGAGCCAGAGGAGGUCUCUGAGGAGCCCGAGGAGGUAUCUGAGGAGCCUGAGGAGGUCCCUGAGGAGCCCGAGGAGAUCGAGGAGGUCCCUGAAGCGAUGCUAAACCGCUUCAACCUCAGCAUGGACGAGAAGGACCAGCACAGAUCCAGUUCGGAGUCAGAGAUGGAGGAAGAGGACGAGGAAGGCCGGAGUCAUCAUCAUCAUCAUCAUCAUCAUCAUCGUGUGACUCCAGAGGAGGCCAGAACUUCAUGGAGGCACACUCUGCAGCAGCACCUCCACCUAAGAGACGAGGAAGAGGAAGAGGAGGGUGACGAGGGGAAGUCUAGUGACGAGGAGGAGUUUUUUCCUCUUGUCUCGCAGAGCGUCUCCUCAGCAGCAGGAAGUGACAUCACACAUUAUGACACACCUGCCUCCACCUUGCCGUCUUGCAUCACCUCUUUCACACCUCCAUCUGAGACUUUUCCCACCGCCAACACACCGUCCACCGCCUCCUUCAUCACCACGUCUGACUCCGCCCCCGAUGAGGAGGGCGACAAUGCUCCGCCCACACCUGUUGUUCAGAGGCAACCUGCUGGAGGGACGGGCUGGUCGGAUGACAUCGAAAAACCCCUCCUCUUAAAUGACAGAGAGGCGGGGCCAGAUGGUGAACGGGAAUGGUCAGAGAAAGAGGAGGCAGGGUCUAAUAGAAGGGGCAUUAGAGGGGCGCACAGCCUCCCCCCUCGAGUCUUCCUUCCUCCUCUGCAGGGGGGGGGCGGGACCCUCCUCUUCCAGCUGAGGGGUCCCAGAGAGGCUCCACCCCCCAGACAAGUGGAGGUGGAGGUGGAAGCUGGCAGAGCAAGAACCUUGUGGAGGUCUGUCUUUUCAGGAAACAGGAAGGAGAGGAAGAAGAAGACGGGCAGGACUUUACCUCCUGGUCCGGAGAAGGACGCAGCCAAUCAAAUGAGAGCUACAGAUGUGAGAGGAGGCCUGAGAGAAGAGUCUGAUUUGGACUCGUCUGCUCUUCUGCAGAGAUGUUCACUAAAACCUGGAAACAACCUUCGCUUGGAUUUGUCUGACCUCACGUCUGAAAUCCAGAGGGUCACGAUAAAAGAGGAGGAGGAGAACCAGGAGCCGGCAUACGUUCCUCACGCUCUGGCUUUUAAACGAGUGUACGCCAUCAAGGUACAGACCCGGGUCCUCGUCUGUCUGGUUCAUAGCCUGUCCUGUCAGACUCUCUGCUGGAAUCCCUGUGAUGGAUUCAUAUUGUCGUUUGUGUUGUUUCAGAAACGCUCUCUCAGGGACAGAGUCCCCCCCCAGUCCUCAUGUCCCACAGAGGUCGUAGGGGUUCUAGUCCACUCUAAGGAGCCAUCUAGUCUAGGUGUGAAGGAGAUCAUGUUUCAGAGGGUACAAAAAGACCAAGACGAAGACCUGGAUGCCAAAAUCACCCGAAGAGUUCAGAGAGUUGCUCAAAGAAAAGCCAAACAGGAACAGCUGAAGAGACUCCACAAGGCUCAGAUGAUCCAGAGAGAGCUGCAGCAGCUGGAGGAGAAACAGAGACAGCUGGAGGAGAGAGGAGUGAUGGUGGAGAAAGCUCUGAGAGGAGAAGCAGAUUAUUGGGGAGAGUCCACCAACAGCCAGAACAUCGAGCUUCACCUAGAAGGACUGGGUAAACUGGAUAAACCGGCUCUGAUGCAGCAAUGGUUCCAGUUGGUUCAGCAGAAGAACUCUCUGGUCCGAUAUGAAUCUGAACUCAUGAUAUUUGCUCGAGAGUUGGAGUUGGAGGACCGACAGAGUCGCCUGCAGCAGGAGCUCAGAGAGCGGAUGACCGUGGACGACCACCUGAAAGAGGAGUGGGAGCUGCUGGAGGAACGUCUGAUCCUGGAGGAGAUGUUGAAGGUUGUGGAGCAGAGAGAUUCUCUGGUGACUCUGCUGGAGGAACAAAGACUGCAGCAACGAAAAGAAGACCAGGACCUGGAGGAGGUUAUGAUGACCCGAGGACUGGGGCUCAGCUGGACCUAAACCUUUUAGCUCGCUUACUAACUGUUUGUAAGUGCUACGUCAGUGUAGCCAACAGUCUCUGCUACAUCACAGUGUAGCCAACCGUCUCUGCUACGUCACAGUGUAGCCAACAGUCUCUGCUACAUCAGUGUAGCCAACAGACUUUGCUACGUCACAGUGUAGCCAACAGUCUCUGCUACGUCACAGUGUAGC